GAUUAAGACGCAACGCAUUAGGACAUAAUUCCGUUAAUGUCCCGUCGAUUGUUGCACUUAAUAGAAAAAUAUAUAAAUUCGGUACAAAUUCGCCCGAUUUAGUCCGGUUUUCGUUUCGCAUCUGAGACAACUAACUAAAAUUUGGUGGAGAUGGACAGUGGCUCGAGAAAUUUCCUCGUCCUUUUGCUACUCUUCGCUUCUUCGCUCCUCGUAGUGGACGCGAACCCAAUUGGUGUCUGCAUUCGCAAUUGCGCCCAAUGCAAGAAAAUGUUCGGACCCUAUUUUGAGGGCCAGCUCUGUGCCGACGCCUGUGUCAAGUUUAAGGGCAAAAUCAUCCCAGAUUGCGAGGACAUCACUUCGAUUGCGCCCUUUUUGAACAAAUUCGAAUGAAACGAAACGUAUUUAUUGUACUAUCUGUGAUUAUUUAUUUUUCUAUGUGUACCUAAGUAAUUUAAAUAAAUUGUAUAAAGAUCAA